GCAGUGGCAGAAUCUUGGGGAUGGUGUCUCAUUGCUUGUGAGUGUUCUGGGGGAGCAGGGGCAGAUCCUGAGACCCUGAUGUGAUACCCUCAGAGCCAGGACAGAGAAGCCAUAAGCAGAGCUUAUAAGCAUGUCCUCAUGAAUACAAGGGCUUAUCUUAUCAGUACGGAAGAACGCCAUGAAUGCAUGGGCCAGGCAGAAUCUGGUGCCCAGAAUACAACCCUUUGGCCUGUUACCACCAUGGAGCUGGGAGAAGCCUUGACCAUCUUUCUGGAACUCUGCUUGUCUUGCCUGAUCAUCCUUUUUGCCUGGAAACGAAUCAAAAAGGGAGGAAAGCUGCCCCCAGGUCCCACACCAAUACCUUUCCUGGGGAACCUGCUACAAGUUCACCCUGAUGCCACAUUUCAGUCUUUCAUGAAGCUCAGGGAGAAAUAUGGCCCCGUGUUCACUGUGUACCUGGGACCUCGGCCAGUAGUGGUGUUAUGUGGACAUGAAGCAGUGAAGGAAGCUCUGGUAGACCAAGGAGAUGAGUUCAGUGGCCGUGGAGAAUUGGCUAUCAUAGAGCGAAACUUCCAAGGUCAUGGUGUUGUUAUGGCCAAUGGAGAUAGAUGGAAGAUUCUCAGACGCUUCUCUCUGACCAUCCUUCGAGACUUUGGGAUGGGUAAGCGGAGCAUUGAGGAGAGGAUCCAGGAAGAGGCCGGCUACCUACUGGAGGAAUUGCGGAAGACCAAGGGUGCCCCCAUCGAACCCACCUUCUUCCUGAGCCGCACCGUCUCCAAUGUCAUCAGUUCUGUUGUCUUUGGAAGUCGCUUCGACUAUGAGGAUAAGCAGUUCCUGCACCUGCUGCAGCUGAUGAAUGAGAAUUUCUUUGAGUUCAGCACACCCUGGACACAGCUAUACAACAUGUUUCCUGGAAUCAUGCAAUAUUUGCCAGGAAGACAUAAUCGCAUCUACUACCUGACAGAGGAGCUCAAGGACUUUGUUGCUUCCAAGGUCAAGAUCAACGAAGCAUCCCUUGACCCCCAAAACCCACGGGACUUCAUUGACUGCUUCCUCAUCAAGAUGCACCAGGAUCAAAACAAUCCCCACACAGAAUUCAACCACAAGAACUUGGUCCUCACCACUCUGAACCUCCUCUUUGCUGGCACAGAGACUGUGAGCUCCACCCUGCGCUAUGGAUUCUUGCUUCUGAUGAAGUAUCCUGAGGUGGAAGCCAAGAUCCAUGAAGAGAUUGACCAGGUAAUCGGACCACAGCGGAUCCCAAGUGUCAAUGACCGGGUCAAGAUGCCCUACACAGACGCCGUGAUCCAUGAGAUACAGAGGCUGUUAGACUUUGUUCCCCUGGGAGUCCCCCACAAAGUCACCCAAGACACCCAUUUCCGAGGCUACCUUCUGCCCAAGGGCACAGACGUAUUUCCCGUGCUUGGCUCAGUCCUCAAGGAUCCAAAAUACUUCCGCUACCCAGAUGCCUUCUAUCCCCAGCAUUUCCUGGAUGAGCAGGGUCGCUUCAAGAAGAGUGAAGCCUUUGUGGCUUUUUCCUCUGGAAAGCGCAUCUGUCUGGGCAAGACCUUGGGGCGCAUGGAACUCUUCCUUUACUUCACCUCCGUCCUUCAGAACUUCUCUCUACGCCCCCUAGUGCCACCCGCCGACAUCGACAUCACUCCCAAGGUCUCUGGCUUUGGCAACAUCCCGCCGACUUAUGAGCUGUGCCUCGUGCCCCGCUGAGCGCCCCCUCCUGGGCAGGAAAAGAACAGCAAAGAACAGAGCUUCGCUCUCACGACGUGAACCCAUCCUCUCCAUCUUGCUCCUUUCACAACAUCCCUGUAAGACGGCACCAUUUUUCCUGUCACGGCUCCACAAUCACCUAUAAUCAUCUGAAACUAUACAGUAGUAUAUCCUCUACAUGAAGAAAAGCAAUGUCCUGUCCAAGAUUUCCACCGAAGCCAGCAACUUUGAUGCUGACUUCAUCACGUCUGUCUAAGUUUCCAUCUGCACCAAAUUUUUCUUGUAGAUUCUAUGUCUUUACAAUUGUCCUUUUUGUGUGGGCCCUGGUAAUGAUCAAACGUGAUCUACAGUCCUUUCUCAUCUUGAUUCUCAUCUUCACCCACUAGCUACCCAAAAGUCAAUAAAGAAUUUAAAGCUGUUCACUGUG